UAGAAGAAAGAAAACAUUCACCAUUGAGCUGAAGUCUCAUCCCCUCUGAAUUUGAGGAAAAGUGAAGCUGUGAGGACGGACUCUUCUGUGCUGUGAUUCCACCUAGAAGGCCGCGCUGUGCCCGGAAUGCAUUCACUUCUUUAACUGAGAUGGACAUGAUAUAAUCUCCAUUGAGUUGAAGGAUGGCAUCCAGUUCUGUGCUUCCCACCGAAGAUGAACAGGUUUCCUUGGGCAUUGAUGAUCUCCAUAUUUCACUGCAAGCUGAACAGGAAGACACCCAGAAGAGAACCUUUACCUGCUGGAUAAAUUCACAGUUGGCAAAGCACACUCCUCCCUCAGUUAUAUCAGACCUAUUCAAAGACAUUCGAAAGGGACACGUCCUCCUGGACCUGUUAGAAGUACUUUCAGGACAACAGUUGCCUCGAGAUAAAGGAUCUAAUACAUUCCAGUGUAGACUCAAUAUAGAACAUGCCCUGACAUUCCUGAGAAGCCGAUCAAUCAAGCUAAUAAAUAUUCAUGUUACUGAUAUUGUAGAGGGGAACCCAUCCAUUAUUCUUGGCCUGAUUUGGAUAAUUAUACUGCACUUUCAUAUUGAGGAACUUGCCCAGGCUCUUUCUUGCAAUUACAAUCAAUCUUCUGUGGAUAAUGCGAGUGUGGUUGAGACAUCUCCUACCUCAAGUCCUCCAGCUAAGAAAUGCUCCAAAGCCCAAGAAAGGUGGCAGAUGUCUGCAAAGAAGGCUCUCCUCUUGUGGGCUCAGGAACAGUGUGCCACGCAUGAGUCUGUCAGUGUGACCGAUUUUAAGUCAAGCUGGAGAAAUGGGAUGGCUUUUUUGGCUGUCAUUCAUGCCUUGCGACCAGACCUGAUUGACAUGAAGAGUGUGAAACAUAGAUCCAACAAAGACAAUCUGAGAGAGGCCUUCAGAAUUGCAGAACAAGAAUUAAAAAUUCCCAAAUUGCUGGAACCAGAAGAUGUGGAUGUUGUCAGUCCUGACGAAAAGUCAAUCAUGACCUACGUGGCACAGUUUCUUCAGUAUUCAAAGGAUGCACCUGCGACUGGAGAUAAAGCCAAGGAGAAGAUGAAAGAUGCCAUGGUCUGGUUAACUCUACAAAAGGAAAAACUGCAGAAGAUACUAAGGGAUUCAGAAAAUGAGACUUACUGUAAAAAGUAUGAAGGCCUGCUGUCCUUUUUGGAGUCCUUCAGUGAAGGAAAAAAACCAGUUUUGGACAUCCUGUUGAUGAAAAGGAAUCUGGAUGAGCUGACUGAAGAUCAGUUACAGUUGCGAAAAACCUGGGACGGCCUCAACUACCAGAUUAAUGUGUGGAAAACAAAGCUUAAUGAUGACUUGCCCUCCCCCCUCCACCAGGUGGAAGUGUGGCUCCGGGAGGUAGAGGAGCUAGCAGAUGCCAACCCUCCAGCCUCCCAGGACUACUAUGAAGCCAUAGCUCUAAUGGAAGAGAAAAGGGCUUCAUUCACGAGUCUCAUGGAUAAAUGUGACUGUCACUCAAACACUCUCCAGGCAUUUGAAAAUAGAGAUGAAAACCAGUUGCCAUUGGUACCAGCUUACAAAUUGGAGGAAAUGAAAAGACGAAUCAACAAUAUUUCGGGGGAAAAAUUCAUUCCACUUCUAGAAUUUCAGUACUAUAAGUGCUCAGUCCUUGGUUUGCUAGAUGAAGUGAAAUCAAAAUUGAAUGUUUGGAACAUCAAAUAUGGGAGCAAAGAAUCUGUGGAAUUACUUCUGGAAGAUUGGCAUAAAUUUAUUGAAGAAGAAGAAUUCCUAGCUCAACUUGAAACUUCUUUUAAAAAAUGUGAAGAAAUUCAUAAGAAUUUAGGUAGAGAAUAUCAGAAUAUGCAUGAACAAUAUAUGAUGAUGGAACAUAAUAUUUCUGCAUGUAGAGAAAGCAUAUAUAAUGUGAAGUCUACGCUGCAAAAAGUUCUGGCAUGCUGGACUACUUACACGGAAAAACUUCGCUUCCUAAAGGCUUGUUUUGAGGAGACAAAGAAGAAACAAAUUACAGAGAUCCCCUCUGAGACAUUAUCCCAGUGGAAUCAUGGACAUACUAUGCUAAACGAAGUGGGAAAUUUCUUAAUUCAAGUCAGCAAUGAUGAAUUUGGAUCAUCUAUUUCUAAAGAACUGAGAAGGCUGAAUAAAAGAUGGAGAAAGUUUGUUACAAAAACUCAGCUUGAAAUGAAACUGCCACUUAUAAAAAAGCAGGAUCAGCCUAUUUUUGACAUUGCUGAAUAUAUUCAGCCAUCUAAAGAAGGAAAACCAACAACUGUUGACUCUUCAACAGAUAUGCCAUUAGAACUUCCUGAAAAUCACAAUCAGAAUAUAAAGGCUGGGGAAGAUGGUGAAAAAGAAAUUGAAGAAUUCACUGGGCAACUAAAAGUAGCUGAAGAGGUCGAAAAACUCACUGGAGGAGUGGAAAUCUGGGAGGCAGAAACCAAAUCUGUUUUGGAUCCUCUGAGACAUCAAGAUGAUAUAGAUAAUUCAGUGAAAGCAUCUUUGCAGCAUCUUCUUGCCAAAGGCUCUAUGUAUGAAGAACUUGUGUCCAGAAUAGAAGACUCUCUACAAAUGGAUGUACAGAGUAUUUUAAGCCAGGAGUCCCUCGAACAUGUUCUCACAGCUGGGCUUCAGGCAAAGAUUCAAGAAGCUAAAGAGAAAGUUCAGAUCAACAUGGUAAAAUUAGUUGCAGUGUUGAACAACUCGAGUGAUGUCUCACCAGAUCUGAAUGCCCGGGCGAAGGUGGAGGCAUCCCUGAAGGAACUUGAAUCAUACAUUACGAGAGCUGAGCAGGUACUUGGCCAAAGAGAGAGCCGGAGUGGACUCAUUUCAAACUACAAGGAAGCACUAUUAAUUUUUAAUACUAAAAGUCUGGCCAAGUAUUUGAAAGCUGUCGAAGAACUGAAAAAUACUGUAACUGAGGAUGUGAAGCUGUCUUUGGAAGAAAAGAGCAGAGAUGUCUGUGCCAAGUGGGAGUCUCUUCAUCAUAAAAUGGGUUUGUAUAUUCAACAACUGAAAAUAGACAUUGAAAAAGGAAAAAUUAGUGACAAUAUUUCAAGACUUGAAAAACAAAUAAAUAAAGAAAAGAAACUAAUUCGCAGAGGAAGGACCAAGGGUCUCAUCAAGGAGCAUGAAGCCUGCUUUUCUGAGGGAGGCAGCCUGUGCCAGCUUGAUCACCACAUGGAUGUCCUGCGGGAGCUGUGUGAAGAGCUGACUUCACAGAAGAGUCAACAAGAAGUGAGGAGGGUGCUCAAAGAUUAUGAACAGAAGAUCGAGAGACUUAGGAAAUGUGCUUCCGAGAUUCACACGACACUGCAGCCCACAGUGGGAGGCACGUCGAAAAACAAGGGGACCGUGAACACAUCUGAGAACGGAGGGAGGAAUGCCCACAGUGAGGUGCCAUCUGCAAACUCCGAUGAUCAGACAUCAACCAAAAAGGCAGUGGCAUCAGUUGAGAAUUUGAGCGUGGAACCAGAGUGGAAGCCUGAACAGGAAGAAAACGUGGAGAAGGAUAAAAAGAACCACAAUACAUCUAUAAAUAGUUUACUAGAGAGGUAUGAUACACACAGAGAAACUCUUGAACUACACCUGCAAAGCAACAAAUUUAGGAUUACUUCUGAUUUCCCUACUGAUAGGGAAAGGAGCAGUACUUGUCUGCAGGAUAAACUGAAAGAGCUACAGGUCUUAAAAGAUGAAACUGACGCUUGCUGGAAAGAGUUUGAAAUCACGUCAUUGCAGUUAGAAGAGCUUGAAAGUGACAUAAAGAAGCCUUUUCUGAUUAAAGCAAGAGACAGAUUAAAGGGAAAAGAAAGAGAGUUUCAGAUGACUCUUAAUACCAGAAUGAAGUCUUUGGAGACAGCGCUACAGAUUGUGUUACCUGUGGAGAAGGAAUCGCUCCUUCUCUGUGGCUUAGACCUGCUUCUCCAUAAAGUGGCUGUUCAAGAGUUUCACCUUACUGAUGCUGAUGGCAUUUGUCAAAACCUGAGGGAUAUCCAAGAUUCCAUAGCAAAACAGAUAGACAUAUGUAACAAUUUGGAGCGGUCAGGCAACUCUGCAUUGAAGAAGAACUUGCACCCACCUGAUCUACAUGCAAUGGAGACCAUUGUCCUGAAACACAGAUCACAGCUCGAGGAAAUGGACUGCAGGAUCCAGAGCAGUAAAGAUGCCCUCAGGGCUCUGGACGAGUUUUUGGCUUCUCUGCGAACAGCUGCACUCCCUGUCCAGCUUGGUACAGACCCUGCAGCCCCAGAUGCACAGGGGGUACCAGGAAAUACUUCGACAGUAACAAAUAAAGAGGGAGGAAUUUACCUGAUGAAAGAAAAGGCCAGACAUUUGGAUAAACGUUUGAAGAUGCUUGAUAUAAGCUUUAAAGAUGCUGAACGGGAUGAAGACACGUCCUGUGAAAAACUUCUUGGUGCUCUGUUCAAACCUUUACUUGAGACACGUGGCUCUGGUGGACAGGAAGAAUUCACUGAAGAAGACAAAUUACUAGAGACUUGUAUUUUCAAAAAUAGUGAACUCCUGAAGAAUAUUCUAGAUGUGCACAGUCAAAUCGGUAAAAUUGGUCUGAAGGACCCGACUGUUCCAGCUGUAAAACAACGGAAAAAAUCACUAAUCAGACUGGAUAAGGACCUAGAUGACUAUGAACAAGAGAAGAAACACUUGCAAGAAAUGGUCAGUUCCCUCCCACAGUUCAAAGAUGGCAGAGAAACAACUCUGAAGAAGCAGUGCCAGGAUACAGCCCUCUUGUGGGAGAACACAAAAGUUUGCAUCAUUGAAUGCCUUGACCAGUGUGAAAGAGUUUUGGAGCUCUUAAAGCAGUAUCAGAAUUUUAAAAGCGUCUUGACAACUUUGAUUCAAAAGGAAGAGAAUAUCAUCUCCCUUCAGGCUUCGUACAUGGGGAAGGAGAACCUGAAGAAAAGGAUAGCAAAGAUUGAAAUUGUCAAAGAAGAAUUUAAUGAACAUUCAGAAGUUGUAGACAAGAUUAACCAAAUCUGCAAAAACCUACAAUUUCAUCUAAAUAAAAUGAGAACCUUUGAGGAGCCUCCUUUUGAGAAAGAGGCUAAUGUUAUUGUGGACAGAUGGCUUGAUAUAAAUGAGAAAACAGAAGACUACUAUGAAAAUCUUGGUCGAGCUCUAGCUUUAUGGGACAAACUUUUUAACUUGAAAGAUGUAAUUGAUGAGUGGACUGAAAAGGUCCUUCGAAAAAUGGAAUUACAUCAACUCACUGAAGAGGAAAGAGAAAUUCUGAAGGCAGAGUUACAAGUCCAUGAACAAAAACCUUCAGAAUUUUCUCAAAUAGUGGCUAAAAUACAGUUUCUACUUCAAAGCAGUGAAAUACCUCUUGAAUUGCAGGUCAUGGAGUCCUCUAUUGUGAACAAGAUAGAACAUGUAAAAAUGCUUUUAACUGGAGAACCCAGCUGCUCUGCACUGAGUGCAAACACAGCUGAGCUAAGGGAGGACCUCGACCAAGCCAAGACCCAGAUCGGGGUGACCGAGUCCCUCUUAAAAGCCCUGUCUCCUUCCGACAGCUUCGAGAUCUUUACAAAACUAGAGGAGAUACAACAGCAGAUUCUACAGCAAAAGCACAGUAUGAUAUUACUUGAGAAUCAAAUAGGUUGUCUGACUCCUGAACUCUCUGAAUUGAAAAAGCAGUAUGAAAGUGUCAGUGAUUUAUUUAAUACCAAAAAAAGUGUUUUGCAAGAUCACUUUUCUAAGUUGUUGAAUGAUCAGUGCAAGAACUUCAGUGACUGGUUCAGCAACAUUAAAAUAAACCUUGAAGAGUGCUUUGAAUCAUCAGAAACAAAAAAGCACAUGGAAGAAAAGCUACAAAAACUUUCUGAUUUCUUGACUCUUGAAGGACGAGGCAGUGAAAUACAGCAGGUGGGAACUGUACUGAAUCGUGUAAAGAAGCAUCUGCCCAAAGCACAUGUUAAGGAGCUGAACAGUUGGAUCGUAAGUCAAGAAACUGAAUUAGAAAAAAUGGAGUCUGCAUGCCAGGUGCGAGCAACGGAGCUGGAUGGCUGCCUGCAGCAGCUGCUGAGACUCCAGGAUGACCACAGAAACCUGAGUAAGUGGUUGACUGAUCAAGAAGAGAAAUGGAAAGAACUGGAAGGAUCAGGAGAGAAAACUAAGUUGUUUUGCCAAGCUCUCGUGAGAAAGAGAGAACAGUUCGAAUCCAUGGCCCAGUUGAACAGCUCUUCAAAGAAAUGUGGGCUUACUGAAGAAGAAGAAAUAAUACUGGAAUCAACACGUUUGAUUGAUAGAUACCAGGCACUGUUGAGACAAAUAUGUGAAAUUGAGGAAGAGGAUAAGUUGCCUUCUGACGAAGACCAGAGCUUUAAUGAUCUUGCACAAGAUGUAAUUCAUUGGAUAACAGGGAUUAAAGAGUCCCUUAUGGUUUUGAAUUCAUCUGAAGGCCAAAUGCCACUUGAGGAAACAAUCCAAAAAAUAAAGGAAAUCAUUUUAUUAAAACCUGAAGGGGACGCUAAAAUACAGAGGAUCAGGAGUAAGGCUUCGAACAGUAAGGCUCCAUUGGAUUCAGAGACCGUUACUGAUAUCGAGAACCAGUGGGUCAACACCCUCCAUUUAGCCAACACGUAUCUAAGCCAUCAAGAAAAACUUCUACUAGAAGGAGAGAAGUAUUUGCAAAGCAAAGAAGAUCUGAGGUUAAUGCUCACAGAUCUAAAAAAGAAACAAGAAGCGGGCUUUGCUCUGCAACCUGGUUUGCAGGAGAAGAAAGCACAGUUAAAAAUUUAUAAGAAAUUCCUCCAGAAAGCACAAGAUUUGACAUCCUUGCUAAAGGAGCUAAAAUCUCAAGGAAAUUACCUCUUAGAAUGCACUAAAAAUCUCAACUUCAGUGAAGAACCUUGGCUAGAAAUAAAACAUCUACAUGAAAGUCUUCUUCAACAACUACAGGAUUCUGUGCAAAAAUUGGAAGGUCAUGUUCAAGAACACCACUCAUACCAGGUUUGCAUCACAGACCUGAAUACUGAAUUGGACAAUAUCUCCAAGGAAUUUGUUACUUUUACUGACAGGCCUGUGGAUCAAGUAGAAGUUGAAGAAAAACUGAAGGAACUGCAGGAACUAGAGAAUAGACUCCGUUUACAAGAUGGCACAUUAGAGAAGAUUUUAGGGUUAGCGAAAUCCAUCAAGCAAAAUACAUCUUCAGUGGGACAGAAGAUUAUUAAAGAGGAUAUAAAAUCACUUAAGUGUAAACAAAAAGAUUUGGAAAACAGGCUUGAAUCUGCUAAGCAGGAGAUGGAAAAUGAUCUCAACAGCAUUCUCAAAUCAAAAUGCUCCACAGAAAAGAAAAAGGUUCCUCUGCCAGGCAGAGAGAAGCAGGUCACUUCUGAUGUGCAGGAGUCCACUCAGGACGCAGCUGCAGUGGAAAAGUUGGGGGAAGACUCGGAAACAAACAAGAAUUCAGCAGUGAAAAUGCUUUUGUCAAAACAACUUUCUCUUGAUGUUCAAGAAAGCGUAAACAACACUGAAGAUGAGCAGAGAGUCAAUGAGCUGCAAAAUCAACCUUUAGAAUUAGAUGUUAUGUUAAGAAAUGAACAAUUAAAAGAGAUAGAGGAAUUAUAUACACAAUUGCAAGCAAAGAAAGCAGCCAUCGAACCACUGGAACAAACUGAGUCUCUCAACAAAGCAGAAGCAAGUGCCUUGGCUCUCCACCGUGCAAGGGCGUCAGUGCAGUGCUUGGACCGUCUGCUUCAGUCACUUAGUACUUUGAAGAAAAAGAAAGCAAGCCAAUACCGUGUCCUUGAAGAUUUUCAGGAACACCUUGCUGCAGCUGCAUCCUCGCUGAAAGCCUUGUUAACAGAAAAGGAAAGUCUAAAAGUGGGACCACUGGACAGUGCAACCUAUGUGGUCAAAAUUCAAAAAUUACUGGCAUCAAUAGAAAAAGAGAAAAAUUCUUUAAGCAAGAUGAAAAUUGAAUGGGAAGAUUUAUCAAACUGUCUGAAUGACAUGGAUAAGAAGUUAUUGGAAAGCCAGGUCAAGCAACUUGAACAGGAGUGGAAACAAGUAGAACAAGUGGUUCAAAAGAAGUAUUCUCAGCACAUGAUGGAACACGAGGAAUUCACAUACCUCAUGAGUAAUAUCCAAGACCUGGCCAUUUCUCUGCAGCAGCAGCAGCAGCAGCGUCUCCGGUUAAGGCUGGGCUCUCCGGAAGAACGGGAAGGGAACCAAGGCGUGGUUGCCUUGGCCACUGAACUCCAGGCUAUUAAGCAUAGAUUUUCUGUUUUAAAGGGGCAGGCUGAACUUCAGAUGAAGAGGAUUUGGGGAGAAAGAGAAAAGAAGAUUUUGGAAGAUGCAAUAAAUAAUUUGCAGAAACAGCUGGAAGCUUCGGAGCCAUUAAACAUAGAAGUGGAAAAUGAGAUCAAGAAAUGUGAAAUAAGGAACAAGGUGAAAGAGACUAUGUUAUGGGUGAAGAAUCUGUUAGGUGAGCUCGUUCCUACCAUUUCCCUUCUACCAGACCACAUUCUUUCACAGAUCAGAAAAUGCAAAGUGAUGCAUGAUGGCAUCCUGGACAAGCAGCGGGCGGUAGAGUCACUGGUGGAAGAGGUCCCAGAGAAUAUUCCUAACCUGACCGCACACGAGCAUGAUGAAUUAAAUAACCUCCUUCGGGACUUACAAGAUCAAUGCCAAAUGCUUGUUUUAAAAUCAACUCAAAGAUCACAGCUGUUAGAAUUUAAAUUGGAAGAAAGAAGCAAAUUUGUUACAGAAAUAGGGAAGGUUCAGCUUUCACUUCAAGGAAAUGAAAUACAGAUAAUUCCCAAAAUGGAAGCAACCUCCACAGAAGCUGAACUGGAACAUCAGUGUGUCACACUGACAACGUCUCAGAAGGAAUUGCAAGAAAUCGAGAGUGUAAUCUCAUCACAUCUUCAGGAACUAACAAACAGCUGUAAAGAUCUAAGUGUGUUCGAAAGAUUAUUUCUGGAUAAUCAGUUGAAAAAUCUGAAGACUAGAGCCAAUAGAACACAAAGAUUCAUUCAGAAUAAAUGUAAUGAAGUAGAACACAAGAUAAAAAUGUCCAGAGAAUUUCAUGAGCAAACAUCUUUGCUUCAGAAGGAGCUCGAUAAUAUACAACACAAUGAACUGCUACUAAGUCAAGAAAUAAAUCAGGAUGUUAAAGAGGUGUCUCAUAGUCUUCAUGAGCGACUCAGUGGUGUUCAGUCUAGCAUCCGACAGGUAUUGAAACUCAAAGAAGUGUUUGACUAUCUGGGACUCAGCUGGGAUUGUUCCCAACUUGACAUGUUACAGUCUCAAGUAUUUGAAAAAGAAAAAGAACUUGAAGAAAAAAUUAAGCACUUGGACACAUUUAUGGCAGAAUAUGGCAAAUAUCAAGCAUCACUAAGUAAAUUGAGGGCGAUGGAUUUGCAAAUUAAGAAAAGGGCCGAACCAGUACUAAAAAGCCCUGAUAUUUCACCAGAGAGCCGUCUGCUCAAUGCUCAAAUUUUGAAUCAGAAACUCGAGAAAGCCAUGUGCUUAUAUCAUGAGAUAAUAAAGAAAUUAAAUGAAAAUACGGCCUUUGAUGACUCCUUCAAAGAGAAAGAAAUACUGCAAAUAAAACUGUAUGCAGAAAAAAAUGAUAAGUUACAUAAGGUUCUCCAAAAUAUACUGCUAGAAUCCCAACCAAAAGAGAUGGAUGAAAAGAGUUUUCAGGACAAACUGGAAAAUUCCUUACAUGUUUUAAACCAAAUAAAAUCUCAGUUACAGCAGCCUUUCCUUGUCAAUUUGAAAAUUGAACAUAUUCAAAAUGAAAUGGAUACUUGUGAAGCGUUUCAAGAACAAGUUCAGGCAGAAAUGUGUAGCAUUAAAGCUGUAACUGUUAUUGAGAAGCAAAAAGAGGAAAUCUCUUCUGAAGCUAGUGAUUUGGAGACAAAAUUACGUGACAUUGAAGAGUUUCACAUUCAGCUUAAUGCAAGUAUUGAUUUGCGUGCAAAUAUCUUGAAUGAUGCUUAUGAAAACUUGACAUGCUACGGUGAGGCAGUCACCAGGGCAAUGGGGAUUAUCACCGCCCUCGAAGCCAUCAUUGCAUCCCGUAGAGUAGACCUGGAUCAUCCAGGAGAAUCACUGGCGAUGCCUCACUGCAAACUGGAGGAAUUAGAAUCCACAAUAGCAGACAUCCAGGACCUCACCGAGAAACUGGGGACUGUGUCCAGCCCUGAAGCCAAGCUACAACUUCAAUGUGCUUUACAGGACUUAGUUUCUAAGAACUCAGCCCUGAGCGCGGCGGUCAAAGUAAAGCAAGCAGAAAUAGAAAGGUGUCUCGAGAAUUACAAAUGCUAUGAAAAAGUUAAAAAGAAAAUUGGCACUAAUCUCAACCAAAUGGAAACAGUUCUUGUGAAGUCCAUGUCCCCAUUGCCAGUGUCUUACAAAGAAGCUUUAGAACGCUUGGAACAGAGCAAGGCCCUGGUGUCAAGUCUUACAUCAGCUAAAGAAGAGUUCAUGAAACUACGACGGGUCCUCAGACGCCUGAGACCCGCAGUCACAGAGAAUGACGGCCUGGGUUUGCUCCGAGCCCUGUUGGCUCUGUGGGAGAAAUGGCUGCGUCUGCUGGAGGCUGCGAAGGAAUGGGAGAUGUGGUGUGAAGAGCUGAAGCAGGAGUGGAAAUUUGUCAGUGAAGAGGUUGAACGAGAAGCAAUUAUUUUAGAUAAUCUUCAAGAAGAGCUCCCUGAAGUUCCCAAAACAAAAGAGGCAGCUACCACGGCGGAGCUCUCUGAGCUGCUAGACGGUCUGAGCCAGUACGAAGAGAAUGUGGAGAAGCAGCAGCUGUUCCUGACCCUGCUCCUUCAGCGCAUAAGAGACAUCCAGAGAGUUCCCGAGGGCUUGGGCGCUGCCGGCACUGUCCCUGCAUUUCAAGAGAUCACAUCUAUGCAAGAACGAAGCAAUAAGCUUUUUCAGAAAGCUCAAAAAAAUAAGGAAUUGAUGCAGAAUGAAAUCCAAGAGAGACAAUCUUUCAUAAAAGAACUAAUUACAUUGAAGAAUUUAUUUCAACAGACCAUAUCUUCUUUCCAAAAUAUGGAAUUACAAGACUGCCCAGAAAAGGCAGAACAGUUUGAGGAGCUUCAAAGCAUUUUUAAGAAAGGGAAGCUAACUUUUGAGAAUAUUAUGGAAAAGCUCCGAAUCAAGUAUUCUGAAAUGUACACCAUAGUUCCCGCAGAGAUUGAAUCCCAGGUGGAAGAAUGCAGAAAAGCUUUGGAAGACGUAGAGGAGAAGAUUAGCAAUGAAGUCUUGAAAAGUUCACCAUCAUAUGCAAUGAGUAGAAAAAUAGAUGAAAUUAAUAACGGGCUUCAUAAUGUUGAAAAAAUGUUGCAGCAGAAAAGCAGAAGUAUUGAGAAAGCUCAAGAAAUUCAAAAGAAAAUAUGGGAUGAGCUGGAUUUCUGGCAUUCCAAGCUCAAUGAGCUGGAUUCUGAAGUUCAGGACAUUGUUGAACAGGAUCCAGGACAGGCGCAGGAAUGGAUGGAUGACUUGAUGGUUCCUUUCCAGCAGUAUCAGCAAGUAUCGCAGAGAGCAGAAUCUAGGACCUCACAGUUAAAUAAGGCUACCAUUAAGAUGGAGGAAUAUCAUGACCUUUUGAGGAGUACUGAGGCUUGGAUAGAAAACACCAGUCGUUUGCUGGCUAACCCUGCUGACUACUCUUCAAAGACACUGAGCCACUAUGCCAGCACCCUUCAGAUGGCUUUGGAAGAUUCAGAACAGAAACAUAAUCUUUUACAUUCAGUUUUCACGGAUCUAGAAGAUUUGUCAAUAAUUUUCGAAACAGAUGAUUUAGCACAGUCCAUACAGGAGCUUAGUCGUCAAGUAGCAGCUUUACAACAAAACAUCAUGGAAAGCCUCCCACAGAUCCAGCGAAUGGCUGAUGAUGUGGUUGCUAUUGAAACUGAAAUAAAAUCAAUGGAGAAAAGAGUUUCAAAAAUCAAAGCUAUCCUAUUAUCAAAAGAAAUAUUUGAUUUUUCACCUGAAGAACAUCUUAAGCAUGGAGAGGUCAUACUUGAAAAUAUACAUCCUAUGAAGAAAACCAUUGCUGAAAUAAUGUCUUACCAAGUGGAACUGAGGUUACCCCAGACAGGAAUGAAACCUCUGCCUGUGUUUCAGCGGACAAAUCAGCUUUUACAAGAUAUUAAACUGUUGGAAAAUGUGACUCAGGAACAAAAUGAGUUAUUAAAGAUAGUCAUAAAACAGACUAAUGAAUGCGACGAGGAAAUAGAAAAUUUGAAACAGAUCCUAAAUACGUAUUCAACUGAGCUGUCCCGUGGAGGUAUGUCACCAGCCCAAGCUGCCACUGUGCCACAGGUGAAGGGAGAGAUCGAAGGUGUUGAAAAGCAGAUUGUGAGUCUGAACCAGAAAAAAGAAGACCUGUUGGUGGACUUAAAGGCUGCUGUACUAAACCUUCACCGGCAUUUACAACAAAAACAGCAAGAAUUAGAAAAAGAAAAGGAAAUGCUGUCAGCAGGAGCAUCAGAAGAGGAUGGAGUGGCCGAGAGGGAUGUUUCUGAGCGGAAGUUGGACAGAAGAGGCUCCAUGUCCUUCCUGCCAGCAGUCGAGGAAGAGGCGGAGGAGAGCUCCCUGAAGAGUCAAAACGGAGACAAGAAAACAAAGCCAUCUUCUGGGUCUUGGACUUUACUCUGGAAGCAUGACAAGGACAUGGAGGAAGAUACAGCGUCCUCGUCCUCUGGAACGAUCAUUCAGGAGACGGCUGGGAAAAUUAGCACGUGUGAUAGCUCCAUGGCACAGGUCCUUGCACCAGACUCACUAAACACGGAGCAAGGCUCAGCGUUUUCUUUGCGCCCCAACCAAACAGAAGGGGGUGCCACACCUCCUAUCAAGGCUACAGCCCUGGGCUUUUCUGCCGAGCAAGGAGCUUUUCAUUCCACUGUGGAGAAACCUAGACCUGAGCCUGCUGAAGUCCUCCAUGCCUGCAAGACCCAGGUGGCCGAGCUGGAGCUGUGGGUGCACCAAGCCAGCAUGGCAUUUGAGCCGGAAACAUUAAACGCAGACAUGCAGCAGGUGGUGGAACAGCAGCUGGUAGGGUGCCAGGCUAUGCUAACAGAGAUUGAGCACAAGGUUGCCUCUCUGUUGGAGAAUUGCAAAGAUCAGGGCUUGGGAGAUAGUGGAGCCACUCAACAGGAAGCCGAAACACUUGCCUUGAAACUGAAAACUGUGAGGUGCAAUUUGGAGAAAGUCCAGCUUAUGCUUCAGGAGAAAUACAAUGAGGACCAGCAUUCUACCAUUCUAAAGAAACCUUCUGAGCAUCACAAGGUUCUCCAACCAGAUAACCUUUCUGAGUUUGACUCUGUUGUCAUGGAAAGGCCACAGUUCAGCAGACACAAAGAUUUCCAGCAACAGCAGGUACUGGAGUUGAAACCAAUGGAACAGAAAGAUUUCAUCAAAUUCGUAGAAUUUAAUGCUAAGAAAAUGUGGCCCGAGUAUUGCCAACAGGAUAAAGUUACAACUCAGAAAUCAUCUGUGAGCAGGGAGGCAUCUAGCCCUGAAAAUGAUGCUUCAGACUCAGUCUUGUCAACCCGGGGCUGGAAUGGGGAGAAGUGGCAAUAUUUACAUCACGAACUCUCAGCAAAAAUACAGCAGCCUCUCCCUCAGCGUGUGGAGCCUCAGGUUGCCACAGAUAUGAGUACUCUACCUAGUGUGAGUGUGUACAACUUUAGAUACCCAACAACUGAAGAGCUGAAAACUUACACCACCCAACUUGAAGACCUGCGUCAAGAAGCAAAUAAUCUUCAGACACAGGAAAACAUGACAGAAGAAACAUAUAUACAUUUGGAUAAAAAAUUAUUUGAACUAUUUCUGACCCUCAGUCAGAGCCUUGGCAGUGCGGAGGAGAUGCUGCAGACUCCUGGGCUCUUCAGAGAGGAUGUUUGUGCCCAGCAGGUGUACUACGAGGCACUGGCUCUUGAGCUGAAGAAACUUUACUUAGCUAUGAGCGACAAGAAGGAUGAUCUUUUGAAAGCCAUGACGUGGCCUGGCAGGAAUGCCAGCUUGUUCCCCGAGUGUUUGGACAACCUCCAAGUUUACCUGGAGCACACGCAGGCUACCGCUGCGUCCAGAAGCAAGUCCCUGAAAGCUGGCCUCGACUAUAACCGCAGUUACCAGAAUGAAAUAAAGCGAUUAUAUGAUCAACUUAUUAAGAAUAAAACAUCUUUACAACAGUCUUUGAAUGAAAUUAGCGGCCAGAGUAUUGAUGAACAGCUUCAGAAAGCAGAUGCAUAUACAGUGGAGCUGCAGAACUCUGAGAGCCGAGUAGCAAAGCUCAGAGCCGAAGGGGAGAGGCUUCAUUUACCUUAUGCUCUGCUCCAAGAGGUUUACAAAUUAGAGGAUGUGCUUGACAGUAUGUGGGGUAUUCUGAGAGCCAGGUACUCAGAACUCAGCAGCCCUUUCAUCACUGAGAGCCAGCAGGAUGCUCUGCUACAAGGCAUGGAGGAACUGGUGAACACUGGGAAGGACAAGCUUGCUCGUGACCACUUGCAACAAGCGAAAAGUAAAGAUGCCUUACAGGCUCAAAUACAGAAUCACAAGCUUUUUUUCCAGAAGCUUGCUGCUGACCUGCUAUUAAUCCAAACACAGUCCCACAAGAUGCCUCCUUCUUUAUUGCAAAAGAGAGAGACAUCUUGGGCAGAACAAAUGAAAGAAGUUAAAUUACUAGAAGAAAGGUCACUCCAGUGUGGGCUAAAGCUGCAGAGUUUGUUGCAGAAAUGGGAAGAAUUUGAUGAAAACUAUGCAUCUCUUGAGAAGGACCUGGAGAUCCUUGUAUCUACAUUGCCCUCUGUGAGUUUGGUGGAAGAGACAGAGGAAAGAUUGGUGGAAAGGAUUUCACUUUAUCAGCAAAUAAAAAGAAACAUUGACGAGAAGCAUGCCCGGCUUUACCAGACUCUGAAUGACGGCAAACGGCUGGCGGCGUCGGUGCGCUGUCCUGAACUGGAGGGCCAGACCGCAAGACUGGAAGAGCAGUGGUUGUCCCUGAACAAAAGAAUCGACCAUGAGCUGCACAGGCUGCAGACGCUGCUCAAGCACCUGCUCAGUUAUAACAGAGAUUCGGACCAGUUAACCAAGUGGUUGGAAUCUUCUCAGCAAACUCUGAACUACUGGAAAGAACAGUCUCUCAAUGUGUCUCAGGACUUGGAUACAAUCAGAAGCAACAUAGACAGUUUCUUUGAGUUUUCAAAGGAACUCGAUGAAAAGUCCUCCCUGAAGACCGCGGUUCUAAGUACCGGGAACCAACUUCUUCAUCUUAAAGAAGCGGAUACGGCUGCACUGAGAGCUUCGUUAGCACAGUUUGAGCAGAAGUGGACAGUGCUCAUAACUCAACUUCCAGAUAUUCAAGAAAAGCUUCACCAGCUUCAGAUGGAGAAAUUGCCGUCUCGUAAAGCAAUCACAGAGAUGAUUAGCUGGAUGCACAAUGUGGAACAUCAGACUGCAGGUGAAGACUCCGAGCCUUCACUGAGAACCGCAUCUCAAGUUAAAAACCGUCUACAGAAGUACAAGGAGUUUCGAAUGGAAAUGGACUAUAAACAAUGGAUAGUCGACUUUGUUAACCAGUCAUUACUGCAGUUAAGCACCUGUGAUGUAGAAAGUAAGCGCUAUGAAAGAACGGAGUUUGCAGAACACCUGGGAGAGAUGAACCGCCAGUGGCACCGGGUACACGGAGCACUAAAUAGAAAGAUACAACAUUUAGAACAACUUUUGGAAAGUAUCACUGAGAAUGAAAACAAAAUACAGAUUUUGAACAACUGGAUGGAGGCGCAAGAGGAGAGACUGAAAACUUUGCAAAAACCUGAAAAUGUGGUCUCGGUGCAGAAGGUGCUCCUGGAUUGUCAGGAUAUAGAAAAUCAACUUGCCGUUAAAUCCAAAGCUCUGGACGAGUUGAGACAAAGUUCCCUGACUUUGGAGAGUGGGACAUUGCCGUUGCUAGAAGAUACGGCAUCCAGAAUUGAUGGGUUAUUUCAGAAGAGGAGCAGUGUCACCAGCCAGGUCGAUGAGCUCAAGGCCUCCAUGCAGUCCGUUUUGCAGGAGUGGAAGAUUUAUGAUAAACUCUAUGAUGACGUGAACAUGAUGACCAUUCGAUUCUGGUACUGCAUGGAGCACAGCAAGCCUGUGGUUUUGUCAUUGGAGGCCCUGAGAUGCCAGGUGCAGAGCCUUCAGUCUCUUCAAGACGAAGCUGAGAGCCGUGAAGGACGUUGGCAGAAGCUCCAGGAGGUUAUUGGAAAACUCAAAGGUUACUGCCCCUCGGUUGCUGAAAUAAUUGAAGAGAAAUGCCAACAGACUCACACAAGGUGGACCCAGGUAAACCACGACAUUGCAGACCAGUUGCAGAAGGCCCAGAGUCUGCUACAGCUCUGGAAGGCCUAUACCAGUGCUCACACUGAGGCUGUAACGAGGCUGGAACAGCAGGAAGCCAAGUACCACCAGCUUGCAAACAUCAACAUGUCUGGAAACAACCUGACAGAGAUCCUGACCCCGGCCCUGCGGGACAUAAAGGAGCUGCAGCAGGAUGUACAGAAGACCAAAGAAGCCUUUCUCCAAAAUGCCACUCUCUUGGAUCGACUCCCACAGCCCGCGGAGUCUGACACCCACGUGCUCCUCUCUGGUCAACUGCACUCCCUCCAGAGGGCUUCCUACUUGGAAAAGAUGCUGCUUGUGAAAGCAAAUGAGUUUGAGUUUGUUCUAUCACAGUUUAAGGAUUUUGGGGACCGGUUGGAAUCUUUGAAAGGUCUUAUUAUGCACGAAGAAGAGAAUUUGGAUAAACUCUACCAGCAAGAAAAAGAAGAUAAUCCUGACUCAUUCCUGAAUCAUGUGCUGGCACUGGCAGCCCACCUACCUGAUGCUGAGCGUCUGAAUGAAGUGAGCCUCAAGCUCCCGCUCAGUGACAUGGCUGCAAAGACACUGCAGGCUCUGAACCGGCAGUGGACUCGGGCCACGGCGACCGCGCUGGAGCGCUGCAGUGAGCUUCAGGGAAUCAGAUUAAAUGAAAAGUUUCUUUACUGCUGUGAAAAGUGGGCUCAACUCCUAGAGAAGGUGGAAGAGAUGCUCAAGAUAAAUGUUGCCGACAGCCUCCCAGCCCUCCUGGAACAGCAGAAAGCGUAUGAGAUGUUAGAAGCUGAAGUUUCUAUAAACCAGAUGAUUGCUGAUUGCUAUAUCACCCAGUCCUUACAACUCUUGGACACAACAGAAGUAAAGAAGAGACCGGAAUUUGUUUCGAAGUUCGCGAAGCUGAAGGCCCAGUGGCAGAGCGCUGCCCGGAGCGUCCGGCAGAGGAAGAGCGCGGUCGCUGGGCUGGUGAGGCAGUGGCAGCGUUUCAGCACCUCCGAGGAGGACCUGCUCCGCUUCCUCGCCGACACCAGCCACCUGCUGUCUGCAGUCAGGAGCCAGGACUGCUACGGUCUCUGCCGAACCAGGAGUCUGAUCCACGAGCUGAAGAAUAAAGAAAUUCAUUUUGAGAGACGGCAAACGACCUACAUGCUCACCUUGGAAGCUGGGGAAGAGUUACUGAACACAGCUAACCUGGAAAGUAAAGAGUCUGUCGGCAAGAGGAUCAGUCGACUUCAGGACAACUGGAAGGACACAAAGCUCCAAGUAGGAGAGAUGAUUAAACACUUCCAGAGCGUCAUCGAGACCUGGGACCAGUGUGAAAAGAAAAUCAAAGAGCUGAAAAGCAGGCUGCACGUUUUGAAGGCACAGAGUAAAGAUCCUCUUCCCGAGCCUCAUGAGGACCUCCAGAAAGAGAAAGAGCGGACAAAGGAACUGGAGAAGUCUUUGGCCAACUGGACCCAGAACUUGAAAGAACUUCUCACUAUGAAAGCCGACCUAAGCCAGCACAUUCUGGUGGAGGACGUGAUGGUUCUGAAGGAGCAAAUAGAGCAUCUGCACAGACAAUGGGAGGACCUCUGCGUGAGAGUGGCGAUACGCAAACAGGAGAUCGAAGACAGACUCAAUUCAUGGAUUGUGUUCAAUGAAAAAAAUAAAGAGUUGUGUGCAUGGCUGGUGCAGAUGGAAAACAAAGUUCUGCAGACAGCAGAUAUUAGCAUCGAAGAAAUGAUUGAGAAGUUACAGAAGGACUGCAUGGAAGAAAUAAACUUGUUCAGUGAGAACAAGUUACAGUUAAAGCACAUGGGUGACCAGUUGAUCAAGGCCAGCAGCAAGACCAGAGCAGCCGAGAUCGAUGACAAGCUCCAUAAGAUCAACGACCGCUGGCAGCAUCUUUUCGAUGUCAUUGGGUCAAGGGUGAAGAAGCUGAAGGAGACGUUUGCGUUCAUUCAGCAGUUAGACAAGAACAUGAGCAACCUUCGCACCUGGCUGGCUCGCAUCGAGUCCGAGCUCUCUAAGCCCGUGGUCUAUGACGUCUGUGAUGACCAGGAGAUCCAGAAGAGGCUCGCCGAGCAGCAGGACCUGCAGCGAGACAUUGAACAACACAGCGCGGGGGUGGAGUCUGUGUUUAACAUCUGCGAUGUCCUCCUGCACGACUCCGAUGCCUGUGCCAACGAGACCGAGUGUGACUCCAUCCAGCAGACCACCCGGAGCCUGGACAGGCGCUGGCGGAACAUAUGCGCCAUGUCCAUGGAGCGGCGGAUGAAAAUCGAGGAGACGUGGCGCCUGUGGCAGAAGUUUUUAGACGAUUACUCCCGCUUUGAGGACUGGCUCAAGUCGGCCGAGAGGACGGCAGCCUUCCCCAAUUCCUCCGAGGUGUUGUACACAGUUGCCAAAGAAGAGCUGAAGAGGUUUGAGGGCUUCCAGCGGCAGGUGCACGAGAGGCUCACCCAGCUGGAGCUGGUCAACAAGCAGUACCGGCGGCUGGCCCGGGAGAACCGCACCGACACCGCCAGCCGGCUGAAGCAGAUGGUCCACGAAGGCAACCAGCGCUGGGACGGCCUCCAGAGGCGGGUCACGGCCAUCCUGCGGAGGCUCAGGCAUUUCACCAACCAGAGGGAGGAAUUCGAGGGCACCAGGGAGAGCAUCCUGGUGUGGCUCACGGAGAUGGACCUGCAGCUGACCAACGUGGAGCACUUCUCCGAGAGCGACGCCGACGACAAGAUGCGCCAGCUGAACGGUUUCCAACAGGAAAUUACAUUAAAUACCAACAAGAUUGAUCAGCUCAUCGUGUUUGGGGAGCAGCUGAUUCAGAAGAGCGAGCCCCUCGAUGCCGUGCUGAUCGAAGACGAGCUGGAGGAACUCCACCGAUACUGUCAGGAGGUGUUCGGCAGGGUCUCCCGGUUCCACCAGAGGCUGACGUCCCACGCCCCGGGCCUAGAAGAUGAAAAGGAGGCUUCUGAGAAUGAAACGGACAUGGAAGACCCCAGGGAGAUCCAGACGGACUCCUGGCGGAAAAGGAGGGAGAGCGAGGAGCCCUCGUCCCCUCAGGCGCUGUGUCAUCUGGUGCCCCCAGCACCCGGGCCCGAGCGGUCUGGCUGCGAGACCCCUGUGAGCGUGGACUCCAUCCCCCUGGAGUGGGACCACACAGGUGACGUGGGGGGCUCCUCCUCCCACGAAGACGACGAGGAGGGCCCGUACUACAGCGCACUGUCAGAUGUAGAAAUCCCUGAAAAUCCUGAGGCAUAUCUUAAAAUGACCACAAAAACUUUGAGAGCGUCUUCUGGUAAAUCCAUUUCUGAGGGCCACUCCUGGCACGUUCCUGACAGUCCUUCCUGUCCCAAGCAUCGCUACAAACAAGUGGGAGGUGAUAGGAAUGUACAGCCCAUCCCCUCAGAUUCCAGUACCCCUUAUAAACCAGCCUAUGUAAAGCUGCUGCUGUCUCCAGGUACGGAUGGUGGCAAGGAAGGCCCCCAGCAGGAAGACGAGGGGCUGGCCUCCCGCGCCGGGCAGCAGUCAGGUGCCUUUGACAGAUGGGAGCUGCUGCAGGCACAAGAACUUCGCAAGAAACUCAGAGUAAAGCAAGACUUGCAGCAGCUGAACUCGGAUAUCGGCCACAUCACCACCUGGCUGAGGAAAACUGAAGCGGAGCUGGAGACAUUAAAGAUGGCAAAGCCUCCCUCUGACGUCCAGGAAUUGGAACUCCAGGCGAGGAGACUGAAGGAGAUGCUGAACGCCUUUGAUACCUACAAGGCAUUAGUGGUCUCUGUGAGCGGGAGCAGCCAGGAACUUCUGCAGACCGGGAGCAGCGAGUCCAGAGAGCUCCAUGAGAGGGUCGGCCAGCUGAGGCUGCACUGGGACGCGGCGCAGGGCGCGGUGGAGAGCUGGAGAGAGGGCUUACGGCAGUCGCUCAUGCAGUGCCAGGACUUCCACCAGUUGAGUCAAGAUCUGCUACUGUGGUUGGCGAGUGCGGAGAGCCGGAGGCAGAAGGCUCAUGUGCCUGACCCCCAGGCAGACCCCCAGGCUCUCCUGGAGUGCCGGGAAGAACUCAGGCAACUGGAAAAGGAGCUAGUGGAACGUCAGCCUCAAGUAGACUCCUUACAAGAGAUUUCAGACAGCCUCCUGGUUAAGGGGCACGGGGAAGACUACAUUGAGGCCGAAGAGAAGGUUCACGUUAUUGAGAAGAAACUCAAGCAGUUACUGGAGCAAGUGUCCCACGACUUAAUGUCCUUGCAGAUCCCAGGCUCAUCGCUGCCCAGCUUGGAUGAGGUAGAUGCUGGAGACCAGCCCCCAGCAGCGUCCAUGCCAGCUCCCCAGGCAAAGCAGUCCCGGGCAGAAAGAACUACAAAAGGCAAGAACAAGGCGGACAGCAGCGUGCCCGGCCCUGCCAGCCCAGGCAGCUCGAAGCCACAGCGCUCCUUCCUCUCCCGGGUCAUCAGGGCGGCACUGCCCCUCCAGCUGCUCCUCCUGCUGCUGCUGCUCCUGGCCUGCCUGCUGCCCUCCUCCGAAGAGGACUACAGCUGCACUCAGGCCAACAAUUUUGCCAGGUCCUUUUACCCCAUGCUGAGGUACACCAACGGGCCGCCCCCCACAUAGAGGGCUCGGCCUGGCCGGCAGCACCACCCCACCAACCUGCUUACGCGGGAGCCCAGCUCUUGGCCCCAGACCAACCUGUGAGUGAGUGAGCGAGCGGUAGGCGGUCCAGGGACCUGCUGUAGACGCUGCCCUCAGGGCUUGGCCAGAGAGGACUCUUGGCACCCAGGGCAGGGAACCUGGGCAGUUUGGCAAAGCUGAUUGAAUGGUUUGGGGAUCUCUGGUAACUGAAGUUUCCCGAAGAGCCAAGCACUUUGUAAAUUCUGAUUCAUUUGUAAAACAACAUUAUUGAAAUGUAGCUAAUAUGGUCAAGUGAACAGUAGUGUUCAUCACCUAGUAUAUGCUCUAGAAACAAGCAAGCAGACUCCGCCUUAAAAAUGGUUCAGAAACCCACAUGCACCCUUGGCUAAAACAAUCACAUUAAAAUUUUUAGAAUUAAUUUUAUUCCAAUCAGCUAGCAGUUUUGAGCUACAGGUUGUAAACGAAAAUGCUCUAUUCAGUACUUAGGUCUGCUUUUUUAUAUUGCUUUAAAUUUUUUAAGAAAUUCUAUUGCAUGGAUGUGGUGAUUUGUGCAUAUUUUUUAACAAUGCUGAAUCUGUAUGAAUGUAAACUUUGAUUUUUUUAAGAAAGUCAGAUUUUAGCUUGAGCUUUUGACUAAUGUACAGUAAAUGCCAAACUACAUACUUGAUAGGGACAUUUUUGUAAGUUAAUUUUAUAAGACUUUUCACAUUUAAAGUGAUGCUUCAGGUUUUAACUGUUUGGCCACAGGGGGGUUGGUACAGAUACCUGAAGCUGUUUGUCAUAUGUACAACUCAGAUGUUUCUCAUUAAAACAAAAA